UUUGGCAACUAUUUCAGUCAUUUCUACGCUUUCAUGCAAGAUUAAAGUCUGUGAACAUAACUUAGAAACAAAUUUGUGCUUAAAUGAAUAUCUAGUUGAAAAUGUCGAAUGCUAAAGUUCCAUUGGAAUGGAAGAGGCGUGUUAAAAAAGAAUACAUAAAGAUACGUCAACAAAAACGUUACAAAAGGGCCGAUGAAAUAAAAGAGGCAUGGAUCAAAAAUUGGGAUGAACAUAAUUACAAUGUUCAAGAUUUGUAUUGCGAGCCCAAGAUUUGGCAGGCUCAACCUUAUGAGCCACCACACGUUGAUUGUGUAAAGCGUGCCGAAGUGAUCAUGUUUAAUGGUAUUAGUAAUCAGCAAAUACCGAUUUGUAUAAUUAAUGCUGUCACACCAAUACCGACAAUGUACACUUGGGCUCCCACUCAACAAAAUUUCAUGGUUGAGGAUGAAACUGUUUUACAUAAUAUUCCUUAUAUGGGUGACGAGGUUUUAGACAAAGAUGGAAAGUUUAUUGAAGAAUUGAUCAAAAACUAUGACGGGAAAGUUCAUGGUGAUAAAGAUCCUUCAUUUAUGGAUGAUAGCAUAUUUGUUGAAUUGGUGCAUGCCUUAAUGCGUAAUUAUGCAAAAGAGAUAGAAGAGCUGACAGGCAUUACCAUAAAAGUGGCUGAUCUGUUUAAAGAUGAUAUAAUUAAGGAAAAGACUGAUGACAAAGUCAAAAAGCAUGAGGAUGUAAAGUCUAAAGAAGAAGAGAAAGAGAAAAAGGAAAAAUCAAAAACGGAAAAUAAGAUGCCAGAAAGGCAAGCUGGAGUUAAUAAAGCAGAAAAGACAGAAAAUGAGGAAAAUGAAGAUGAACAUAAAGAAGUUAAGGAAAAUGAUAAGGCAGAUAAGGGAAUUUCCACGGAAAGAGGGCAGUUAGAAGUGGAUAAGGAUAGUAAAAAUGAUGCUAAACAAGAAAUAUGUAAAACAGAGUUGUUUAACGAAAAGCUACCUUUCCCGCCGCCCAUUAUAUUUCAAGCUAUAAGCUCCAAUUUUCCUGACAAAGGAACACCACAAGAAUUAAAAGAAAAAUAUAUAGAAUUAACUGAGCAUCAAGACCCUGAGCGUCCCCAAGAAUGUACGCCUAACAUUGAUGGUGAAAAAGCUGAAAGUGUGUCGCGUGAACGCACUUUGCAUUCAUUUCACACGCUUUUCUGUCGGCGUUGCUUUAAAUAUGACUGCUUCUUACAUCGCCAUCCAACUCACGGCUUGCAAGUUGGUCACGCUGGUCCUAACUUACAAAAACGUCGUUUUCCAGAAUUGAAGCCAUUUACCGAACCUUGCAGUAAUAAUUGUUAUAUGCUUUUGGAUGGUAUGAAAGAAAAAUUGGCAGCAGAUAAUAAAACACCACCGAUAGAUUCGUGCAACGAGGCCAGUUCAGAGGAUAGUAAUGACAGUAAUAGCCAAUUUAGCAACAAAGAAUUCAAUCAUGAACAAACUAAGGAAAAUGUUACGGUCACCAGUGCAGAGUCAGCGGAAAUUAAUUCCAUAAUGGCCGGCAUGAUGAAUACUACUAAUGCAAAAUGUGAUUGGACCGGAGCAGAUCAGUCUUUGUUUCGUACUUUGCAUAAAGUGUUUUUAAAAAAUUAUUGCGCCAUUGCUCAAACUAUGCUAACUAAAACGUGCCAACAGGUUUAUGAAUUUGCUCAAAAAGAAGCUGCCGAAUUUAGUAUUGAAGAGCUACGUCAAGAUUACACACCACCACGUAAGAAGAAAAAAAAGCAACGGUUAUGGUCUUUGCACUGUCGUAAGAUUCAAUUGAAAAAAGACUCCUCCUCGAAUCAUGUGUACAAUUAUACGCCCUGUGAUCAUCAGGGGCCGUGUGAUAUGAAUUGUUCGUGCAUUCAAACGCAAAAUUUCUGUGAGAAAUUUUGUAACUGCAGCAGCGAUUGUCAGAAUCGUUUCCCAGGUUGCCGUUGCAAGGCUCAGUGUAAUACGAAACAAUGCCCCUGCUAUCUGGCCGUGCGUGAAUGUGAUCCAGAUUUGUGUCAGGCAUGUGGUGCUGAUCAAUUUAAAUUGACGAAAAUCACUUGUAAAAAUGUUUGCGUGCAAAGAGGUCUACAUAAACAUUUGUUAAUGGCGCCUUCGGAUGUGGCCGGUUGGGGUAUAUUUUUAAAGGAAGGCGCUCAAAAGAACGAAUUCAUAUCUGAAUAUUGCGGUGAGAUUAUAUCGCAAGAUGAGGCUGAUCGUCGUGGCAAAGUUUACGACAAGUAUAUGUGUUCAUUUUUAUUCAAUUUGAAUAACGACUUUGUGGUGGAUGCGACACGCAAAGGCAAUAAAAUACGAUUCGCCAAUCAUUCCAUUAAUCCUAAUUGCUAUGCCAAAGUUAUGAUGGUUACUGGCGAUCAUCGCAUCGGGAUAUUUGCCAAACGCGCUAUACAACCUGGCGAAGAACUGUUUUUCGAUUACAGAUAUGGGCCCACCGAGCAAUUGAAAUUUGUUGGCAUAGAACGCGAAAUGGAAAUUGUUUAAUUUUUAUUAAAUUGUUCACUCUUAUACAGUUUGUUUCUCAUUUUGAACGU